UGACCUUACUUUAUCAUACAACUCCAAAAUGCCUAAACCUGAAGCCGAACAGCAUAAAUUGUUAGGAAAUAAGCUAUUUGCUGAACAUCGUUACGAGGACGCUAUUAAAGAGUAUUCUACCGCCAUUAUCAAAGAUUCCGAAGAACGUGUCUACUACACCAACCGUGCACUUUGUUACUCCAAGUUGGGCCAAUUGGAUAAUGUCAUUAGCGAUGCCCGUAAAGCCAUUAGUUUGGAUGACUCUACAGUGAAAGCUUAUUAUUUGCUCGGUCAGGCACUGACGGAGAAAAAGCAAUAUACCGAAGCCCUCAAUAAAUUAAACAUCGCUUACGAAAAGGCAAGGGAGCAAAAAGUAAAGUACAUCAAUGACAUCUUACAAGCGCUGUUAUUGGCUCGCAAAAAGAAAUGGGACGAUGCCGAAGCUGUCCGCUUAGAAAAAGAGUCGGAAUUGUUGAGAUAUGUGAAAGGCUUGGUGAUAGCGGAACACGAUCGAGAACUCAAAAAUGUAGCCGAGGAUGAUGAGGAAAAGAAAGACGAACUAAAGUACUAUCGGGAUGAACGUCUUUCCAAAAUCCAAACCGUGUUUGAACACUCCAAAGAGAACCUGAUGCGAAGAGAGAUUCCCGAUGCAUACCUUGACAAAAUUUCAUUUAAUAUCAUGCAUGAUCCGGUGUUCACACCAGACGGUAUCACCUAUGAACGACAAUCCUUACUGGAUCAUUUUGCAAGAAACGGUCAUUUUGAUCCCAUUACGCGAAGACCUUGCAAAGAAGACCAACUUAUUCCUAAUCUGUCACUAAGGGAAGCCAUCGAAGACUUUUUGAAAGAAAACGGCUGGGCCGCGGAUUACUAAUUCCAUCUACUGGUUUAAGAUUGGUUCACAGCUCACUCGCUUUCGUGUGCUGUAGAGAUACAUAGAACAUCAGUCUGCUGGACUGGCUUCCAUCAUUUUUGCUCAAGCUUUUUUCGUUUUGCAAAUUUCAAGCAUGCACUCAUCGACUCAUUCGCCAUGUAUCUUUUUUUAUCUGAUUUAUUGCCACCAAAAAAAAAAAAAAAUAGGGAAAAAAGAAAAUAAAAAAAAAAGACAAA